AUGGACAACUUCGAUCCUUAUCAGCAGAAUAUCACCAUCCGUCGGGCUGAUGGCUUGCCCCUGGUGGUUCCCUUGGUCGAGCUCGAUUCCUUUGUCCAGUACAACGUCCGCAUCUGCAUCAACUAUGGCUCCCAGCUCGGGGCAUCGCUCGUGCUGUUCGUCAUUCUCCUUCUUCUCACCCGGCAAGAGAAGCGCGGCUCGGCUGUGUUCACCCUCAAUUCCCUGGCGUUGCUGUUCAACAUUAUCCGCCUCUUCUUCGGCGUCCUACAUUUCGACACCGGUUUUGAAAAGAUUUACCCCUACUUCACAUACGAUUAUUCAGCGGUAGAGACUGGGGCAUAUGUGGUGUCGAUUUUUACAACGGUGUUCAGCACGCUGUUGGUCGUCUGCAUCGAGAUCUCACUGGUGCUGCAGACUCAGGUAGUCUGCGCGACGCUACGUCGGCGGUGUCGAGUGGUUCUCCUCGGUCUUUCCAUCUUGGUGGCCCUUGUGCCGAUCGGUUUUCGAUUCGGAUGGAUGAUCAUGAACUGCAUCUACAUCUUGAAUAUCGAUUACAUGGAUAGUAUCUGGUGGCUAGAAAGCGCCACCAGCAACGUCAUCACUACGAGCAUCUGCUUCUUUUGUGCCAUCUUUGUGACCAAGCUGGGAUAUGCCAUUCGACAGCGAAACCGGCUCGGAGUGCGCGACUUUGGCCCUAUGAAAGUCAUUUUUGUUUGUGGUUGUCAGACGAUGACCAUCCCGGCCAUCUUCUCCAUCCUGCAAUACCGGGUCACCGUUCCAGAACUCCAGACUAACGUCUUGACCCUGGUCACAAUUUCUCUGCCUCUGUCAUCUCUGUGGGCUACCGCUGCUCUUGAGCAGCGAGGCCCCGGCUCGGCAAGCUCUCCUCGUCGCAACCUCUGGAAAGCACUGGCAUUUGGAGUCGACAGCACAAUCAAGGGAUCUCUUCCCAGCAGGAACAUGUCCACUUCCAUGACCCCCAGCAGCGCGGCAGAGACCCUAUGCUACGCGGCCCAUCCUGCGAGUAAGCGUUCUGAGGAAUCUGAAGCUCCUUUUGGGAUUGCUGUCGAGCAUGAUAUUUGCAUUAACAGCAUCCGCCGGGAGCAUUCCGUUGUCUGA